AAAAAUAUAUGCUGCAGAAUGCAGAUUAUGAAGUUUUAGCUCAACAGCUCCGGCAGUACUAGAACACCCCCAAUUGUUUCCCAGCCUUAAUUUUCCAGGCAACGUUGUGGGUCGACUUACGCCGUGUCAUGAUGACCGCUCCGCCGGUUCUCGCCACUCCCGGUUUUUUAUACAUCUCUACCUCUCUCCCCUCCCGUAGCUUCACUCAAAAGCAUCGUCUUUUUCAUCGUCGACCUCCAACUCCAACCUACGAUGGCGAGUGUUCUUGUCCUUCGCACUGUUGUUAUCGUGGCCUUCCUCGCUCUCUCGAACCUCGAGCUCUGCGCCAUUGCUGAUCUUCCAGGACAUGGCCAUGCCGCUUUCAUGGCAGACAUUGCUGAGAACACCUGGUGUAUGGCAAAGCCAACUGCCGCUGAUAGUUUGCUACAAUUGAACAUUGACUUUGCUUGUAGUAAAGUCAACUGUAGUGUAAUUGAACCCGGUGGUGAAUGCCAAUUACCAGACACUCUAAUGAACCACGCAUCUGUUGCCAUGAAUCUUUACUACCAAUCUUUUGGCAGAACAGAUUUGAGCUGUUAUUUUCAGUCGACCGGCAUGGUUGUGAUUGAAGAUCCAAGUUCUGGAACUUGUGUCUAUGAAAGGGUUGUCCUCGUGAGGGAUGCUGUCCCUGCAAGUAUCAAAAUAAAGAAGGGGGAAAGUAAGGCCUUUUCUGCAACAUCAAUUGGACUUAUGGUGGUGUGGUCGAUCACUGGUUGUGGACUGGUGGCAGUGGCUGUAUAUGUUAUGCUCUGGCUUCAUCAGACCCGCGCACCAGUGGUGGGAGUUCCUGUGCACACAUUGCCAGAGCCAUUGUAUUCGCGGCCGGAGCCAUCAGCUCCCCCGCUUCCUGUUUAGGGACAUAUCAUGUUCUCAUAGUAUCAAAAACUAAUAGUCUGGUAGUUGAAGGCUUUAUUCAACAAUUUCGGAGUCCUGGUGAACCAACCUCCACUUUCUUUGAUGCGCAUUCUGAAGAUUGAGGGACUGCCUGCACCGCAUGAUGGUUUUUUGUUUUUCUUUAGGAUGGUUUACUCUGGUCUUUUUCCUUUCCAGUGAGUUCUGUACCGCAAGCAGUUUUCCUAUGAAAUCUUUCACUGGCCAAAAUAGAAAAAAAAAAAAAAAAAAAAGUCUGGAGUAGUUGGAAAUCCUAGUAGUUUGGUUAACUAGUUUGAGGUUAUUAGAGAUUUUGUCAAAUAGAAGAAGCAUUUUGAGAUGUUCUCUUGCGCAAGCAGGCAACACAGAGUGUAUGAUACUAUGAUGGUUCAACUUUUAUACGAUGUUUCAUUUACUUUCUAAAGCUUAAGAAUGACUUUUGCCAUUUCAUGCCGUUUGUAUUAUGAAAGAUUGUUGUCUUAGUUUUACUUUGUUCUAGGUUGCAUCCUGGUUGUUCAUGCCAGGGGAAGCUAAUAU